GAGAGUGCGGGCGAGGCGCGCAGAGUGCCGGUGCCAGCCUCUGGUAAGCGCAAGGCCGCUGCACUUGAGGCUGCCAAGGCCAGGGCGGCCAGUGCUGAGGCCAAGGCUGAGAAGUGGUUGAAGGAAUGUCGUGCGGACAUCGCGGUGUUCGUGGAGACGCGCACUCGUGACUCCAAAUUUCGUGACAUGCUCAAGUGCGUGGGCAAACUCGGCUGGUGCUCGGUUGGUGGAGAGGCCGACGCCACGGAAGCUGACGACUCCAGUGCAGGAGUUUUGAUUUUGGCUAAGAGGAACCUUGGACUGUCUUCUCUGUUCUUGGAGGCCUCGGGCCGUUGGCACUCCAGCAGGUGUGCGAGGUGGUGUGUCGCCACGGUCAGGCUCAAGCAUGUGACCUUGACGAUCGCCCCCAUCUACUUGAUCUCAGGUGUGAGGUCUACAUGUGUGUCUCGCAACCUUAGCCUCUUGUCCGAGAUUGGCUCCAGGCUCUCGCAGGUUGCGGGGUCGCUUCUGCUGGUGGGCGACUGGCAGAUUGGAAUUUCCGACCUCGCGUCCACGGGCUUGACGAAGGAGCUCGGGUUGGUCGAGGCGCCCAGCCCAGACGUCUCUGUAACAUGCACUGGGGGGCGAGGAGCCGCGAGUAAGAUCGACUAUUCCCUCGUGAAUGCGGGCUUCGCCCAGGCUGUCAAGUUCGUCGGCGUGGACCAGAGUGCUCCUUGGGGCGCGCACUUGGCGCUGCAGUAUUGGAUUGCAUCGCGCCCUCGAUCCAUUCGUGGCUGGAAGCUGGUCGUUCCCCGCGCCCUGGACGUUGCGGCCUUGGGCUGGGGCGACGCGCGGGAGCAGGCCAGGCUUCUGCGGCGUGAGAG